AUGGGCUGGUUUGGUGGCAGCAGUACGCCUCUGAAGCUUUCCGUAGUUUCGGAAGUUCCAUCAGAGCCUGCAACCCAACAGUAUCUUGAGGAUCUUCCUCCCAAAUUUGAAGACAAAGAGCCUGUUUCCAGACGAGAGCCUACAUUGAUAGAUGCAGCCAAGCAGAUCAAGUUAUCUGAUUUCAGUGUUGAAAGAUUCAUAGGGAUGCCAUGUUUUCGUGAAGCCAUGAUCACGGGAUUUCAGGCAAUGGGAGUUUUAGGAACGGUGACGUUUUUGAUUCAUAAGAAUGUCAGUCGUUCGUUGAACUGGUCUGUUUGUGGUUUCUUUUUGGGCAAUGUUGUAGGUUGGGAACAGUGUCGUUCUAUUAGGAGAAGGUCGUUCCAGAUGAUGGAAAAGGCAAAGCAAGCAAAGGAAGAAAGAAAUGCAAAGAGCUGGGAGAAGCACGUCAAGGAAGAAGACGAACAAUAUCAAAAAUUCCAAGAGUUCAAUCUGAAGAAAUAA